AUUAGGUAGACACUCUCAAGGUCACUUCGGCGUCGCUCAAAGGCCGUCCAUGAAUUAUAGUCUCAUCACGCUCAAAGGAUACUAACUCCCUUGAGCGUGUCCAGCGUCUAGGAACGAAAUAAGUGAAGGGUCUUUCUAGACUCCCUUACGAUUCUCAGAAUCAAACUUCCCUACACUCAGCAGCCACAUUCCCCCGACCUAAUUACUAAUCUACCAAAAACUGAAUGUCACUAUGCGAAGUCCCCAUGAUAAGUUUUUCUAUGAUGUCUAUAGUGUUAUAAGUCAAUGGGAGUUCAUAAUUCUUCGCGUUCAGACAAUACUUCUGUGGGAGCGUGUGGUCCCAAGUCUUGUUUUCACAGCAUUCGUACACCUUGUGUUCUUAUCAUUUAUAAAAAGCAAUUUCAGUACGCUGUUUAUUUCCUGUCUGGUGUUGUUUCUUGUCCUGUUAUGCAACCUCUUACAACCGCUAAUGGCAAGGCUUUUUCUAGAUUCUAAGCGUUCAUCUGGUUCGUUCUCAGAACUUGUUUCCAUUUGUUUGGAAAAUGGGAGCAUCAUGUCUACCACUGAUCUUAGCCAUUGGAUAUCUAGCUGUCUUUAUGGUGCACUUAAUAUCGCAAAUAAGCUUGCCCCAUGUCAUCGAAAUCAUCCUCUCUCGUUUUUCAUUAUAUCAAGCACUAUUAGCAUUGGAUGCAUCGUACUUAGCAUGUAUGUUUCCGGCGUAACCUUAGCUUACAUAGCUCUCAAUAUUUGUCUCAUUUUGCCAACUUUGCUGCACCAUCGUGUAAUUUCUCGUGUUUGGAAUUUGAUUAAACCUAUUUUAACGCGUAUUGAAGCAGAAUUCGAUAAAAAUCCGUUAGAAUCUCCUGAAGAACGCGAUGCCGGUGAACGAGAACUUUACGAGCCUAUUGUUGAAGCUGCAAAUGCUGCUAAUUCCUCCGUAUUCCCUGAUGGAUUUUUAACAGACAUACCCACGAAAGUGGAAUCUAGUCAGCUCGAGUCAGAAGAACUAGAUAACUCUGAAGCAGUAUUCAUCAAACAGUUUGUUUCCGAUAUUAGUUCUGAGGAAUUGGAUCGUUUGUUUUCUGAAGCUCUUGGUGAGCAUGAAAUUGCAACAAAAAACACUACUAGACAUAGCAAAUCCCAUAAUAAUCAUAAUAAUAAUGAUAAUUUCUCAGAAUUUACUGACACAGAUUAUCCAUUUAUAACUCAACAAGAAAUAGUUGAAAAAUCACGUUCACCACCAAUUUUGUGGGCAAUGGAAAGUGAGUAUGCUACAGAUGAUGAUGAAAGCAGCGAUAUCAUGGGUGAGGUUUGCCCAGCUCCGAUGACAAUGAUGAAUAAAGAUGUUGAACAUGAAGGAUUUGUAUUUGUACGAAAACAAAAAUAAACACAAACUAAAUUGAUAAUAACUUCAUUCAUUUGAUUUUUCUUCCCCUCAUUAUUCCCUACCUGUAUACACCAUUCUACUUCCCAUUUAUAAAUAAAUUACCCCCCUCAAUUAUUUAUUCGACCAAGUUUUGUUGCAUACUUAUUAUUAUUAUUAUUAAUGACUGUUAAAAUAAUCGAAAAAAAACUGUUGAAAUAUAUAAAUGGUAGAAAGAACAUAGUAACUCAGGUAUUCAAGUAGACCGCUGUAAAUUUAGUUAUUAUCUCUGAGCUGAAUGUAUUUGAAAUCCUACUUUCACUGUUUCUUUCUACAGAUUUUAUUUAAUUGACUUGCAUAGUUUUAUGUAAUAAAAUGCAUUUAUAUUAAAA